AUGUUCCGUUUCGCUAAAUUUGACAAAAGAACGAAAGAAAUCUCGGUUUACGUGAAAGACUUUGACUACAAAUCCAGGAUAGCUUGGAUCCAGGAUGCCUAUGACCGCUUGCCGAGCCCUGAAAAUCCCGAGGAGUGUGGAGUUGACAUAAUGGAAAAAACCCAUGCUUCCGUUGAUUAUUGCCCGAACACAGCCUACGAUAGCUUCGAAGAAAAAACCUAUUGUGUUGCCGAGAGGCUCCGGAAGUUCGAACUGCAGCGAGAAACAUUGGAGUGGUUGCCAGCAAUGAUCGAUUUUUAUUGGCAAAAUGGAAUUCAAUCAGAUCAAAUCGAUUUUCUUGAGAAUGGCUAUUUUGUGAGACAGUACAAGUGA